AUGGAUAGGCAGAAUCAAGUAAUAAGGACUUCAAAGAGAGAAGCAACUGGCGUGACCCCAUAUGCUCUAACUUAUGGUCAUGAUGCAAUUCUGCCUACGGAAAUAGCAGUCCAGUCUCUCAGAAUUGCUCAUCAACACGGUAGGAUUGAUACCCUCAACAAACUCUUAGCAGGAAAACAGGCUGUAUCAAGGGCUUACAACAGAAGAGUUAAAAACAAGAGUUUUGAAGAGGGAGAAAUAGUCUGGAAAGCAGUUCUGCCCCUUGGAACACAUAUAGAUGGAUAUGGAAAGUGGUCACCUAUAUGGGAAGGUCCUUUCAUAAUUAAGCAAAUCCUUGGAAUGGGGGCAUACAGAUUACAGGAUCGAGAUGGAGAUGUUCAUGCUGCACCAAUUAAUGGCAAGUGGUAG